AUGUGUCUAGUCAAGCGAACUAGGCGUAUUGUUGGUGAUGCCGAACGAUCUCAAACAACCACAUACUACUGUCCUCGAAGUCGCAACGGUCGCACCUGUAGCCUCACUCGCUACGAGGACGUCGAGAAACGUUAUCAAGAAUCGUCCAAAGUGAUAUCCCCGGAAACCUCACACCGUCGUCAGUCAACGACUAAAACAUCAAAAGACAGUAUCUGGAAAAUCAUGAGUGGUUCAUUCUCUAAAGAGAGAUCUGGAAAGUCACACGAUGAUCAGGCCCGUGACAGAAGGGACCAGCAGGCUGCGAGCCGUCAUCCUCAAGCGCAACCGCCAUCGUCGACUCAGCCUGACACCAUACAUGAUCCUUUUCGACCUUCAGGGCAAGGCGAGCACCGACGAAUCGUGAGUACACCCUUGAUCAUUGAUAGGGCACCUAGAGAAAUCGUCGAGCGGAUUCGACCUGCCACAGCACCAGCCCCAAGGCCGGCUAGGCCUCCAAGACCGAGAACUCCAGUGGAAGAGCGUCCUCGUGCGAGGCAACAUCCAGUUUCUAUAUACCAAGACGAGCCGCUGCCAGAGAGUGUCUAUAUACACCAAAACGAGCCGGUCCUAGCGAGACCAGAGCCCGUCUCUAUACACCGAGCUGUACCGGAACCAGUGAGGAUCGAAAUGACUGGUGCCCGUCGGCCAGAAAGUGACAUUGAUGAUCAUUUCUCGACCUUUGCUACAUUUCCUUCUUCUUCUUCCUCUUCCUCUUCGUCCGAAGCAGUGACCGAGUUUGAAGAAGAUGAGUCAUAUAAAAACAAGGCAGUUGGCGAGCCCUAUCGACCUCGAACUCCAGAGGAGAAAGGCACAUUACGUCGCCGACGAGACCGCGAGUACCUAAAUGCUCGACGAGAAGCUCUCCAGGCACAACGCGUUGCGGAAGAUGCAAUUCGAGAACGGAGAGAAAUCGAGAAUCUAGCCAAUGACGUACGUCAUGUCCUGGUCAACGGCCGGGCUGGCAAUGGAACUAGUGCCUUGAUACGACGUUCAACCAACCCCGUUAGAGAAGGGAGACCGGUAGUAGAAGCACUACCAGAAGGAGCAGGAGACGCCACGGAAGACAGGGGAGGCUUCCGUCGACACUCGACUGUUAUUGCGAGACGGAACUGUACUCCUCCGUCAUACGUUAUACAGGAAGAAAAUCGUCGUUUGAGGGAGGAAAGUGAGAGGGUUAUUGAGAAUGCGCGCGCUAGGCGCAACACCCAGGAUCCCCAGGACCCUGCUGACGCCUUUUUCCGAGAGAGACAUGGUGGAAGCAACUGGAGGCAAUCGUAUUACCAAUAA